AGUCAUGCAGAGUCAACACUUCCAUCUGCCCGCCAGACCAGCCUUCCAGUAUCCGGCAAAUGGAAGAAUACGUUCCUAAACCAAUCAAUGAAGAAUCAAUCUACACAGAAAAGCAUUCAUACUGUCCAACAAAAAUCAGAGCUGGGCCCGAAACCAGUACUUCUAAAGCUACUGUUUGCGAAAAACAAAAUGCUGAUUCUACAUCCAUAUUCAAACAGAGCAACAGUGUGUGUGACACAGAAAGUUCUCAGGACUUCACUGAAAAUCCAGACAUAGACACUAGAGUCACUCCUCCUGAAAUAGUGCAGGAGCCGCGGCUAAUGAACUCGUAUUUCGAAAUGGUACCUAAAACAAGAAGUGUUGUCUUUAACAACAUAUGUUUUUACAAUUUAUUGAACAAUUGCAAGAAAGGUCGAUAUGGACUGUGUCGUUUUAGGCAUAUCGUGCCGACCCCUGAACAAGUUCAAGCUCAGCUUUUUGUCCUAGAUGAAAGGAUGCUCAUGCAAGAAUAUUUACUUAUCAGGAACUGGCCAGAUAUAAGACGCAAAUUUGGCAUGUGCUAUGUCGAGGAGAGCGCUAAGCGAGGACUCACGAGGAUGCUCGUGGAGAUUGCUUACGAUUUCAUUGUGAAAGCUCGAAAUGAGUUCGAUAUGGAUAUAGCUUUGAGAGUGAACACAAUCGAAGCCACUUUGUUGCAUUUGAAUAGCGUCGACCUGAGCAUCUGUGAAGAUCUACUAAAACUGCCCAUUCCGACCGACCAGGGCAGCAGGACGUUGUUGUGUGACGUGUUCAUGGCGACCAUGUCUAUCACCCAAAACUUUUCUAGAUUCAAAUCUGUGUUUCUCAAUCUCACUUAUUUCAUGGUCGAUAACGACCGGACUCUGAACAAAGAUGUGGUUGAGCACAUCUUGGAGAGGAUUAGUAUUUUACCUUUCGAGGAGGCAAUAGCUAGGGCUGUUAUACAGAUGAUGAGGUUGACCAAAGCGGAUAUAUUUGAGAACUCAGUGAUUAGGUAUUUUGAGAAGCAAAUAUCUGUGAAUAAGGAUGUGUUUGAAGAGUAUUCGAUGGUGAAGAAUCAGUGUAAGUUCGCGUCGAUGCUGGCGUCGUCCAUGAUGGCGGUGGGCGCCUCCCCACACGCGGCUGAGGGCGCGUCCGCCGCCGAGCCGCUGCGCCCCGCGCCCUCGCCCGACACCAACAACCUCGACAUCAUGAACAAAUCACGGGAUGACCUUUCGCGGCCAAUAAUCACCAGGACAAUAGGCAUGAGCCCGCCAGUUGUUUUCAAUCGACCGCAAAACGAUACCAGUGCGACUAACACACAAAACAGUUCUGCGUCCUCUGAAAACGACGUAGCGGACAACCCCAACGUGGCGACAUGGCGCAACAGGGCCAUCUUCCCCCACAUACGGGCCCAGUAUUUCUCCCCCUCGAGACCCCCGCCUAUAAUACCCAGACCCCACGUAAGACCACCGCAGAGAAGAAUGCCAUUCAUCAGUCGAAAGGUGGUGUACAGGAAUCCUGGUAGUUUCAUGUUGCGGCCGCCUGCUCCCAAAUAUUGAAAAUAUUAAGUAAGUUCUUUAGUUAAGUGAUUGUUGUACCUUCCUACAUCUGUCUGAUACAGGCAGAUUUUUCAAGUGUGGGUAAAUUCUCCAUAAAUGUUUGCCCAAAAAUUGUUGGGGACAGCUUUCAGUAUUAUGCAUUUUGGUUACAAUAGUAAAGAAAAACAAUUAACGCACACUUGCAAAGCUCAUCCUGUAUUAUCAUAUAAAAUAAUAUUAUAAAUAGCACUUUUUCCAAUCAACACUUGCAGGUAUACAGAUUAGUAUGUGGUUAAUUAUAUCCUAAAAAAAUCUAGUCUGUUUUGGUAACUAAAAUUUAGCUAGGACUUGUACAAUUGAAGACAAUUUUCAAUUGAGAGUCAGCAGCGGAAGCCUUUUAAUACAAUCCGAUUUAAAAAGGAAUUCCAUAUUUCAGUGUCACAUGGAUAUUGUUUUUUUUUAAUUACAAGUUGUCAAGCUUGUCUUGUUUCCCAAUACCACAACUUUAACAGGUCACAUUGAAAUUGAUCAUGCACAGUUAUUUUGAAAAUCUGGUUGUGUUGAUUGACUUCUGUUGCAGUCCGUACGAAAUACAUUUUAUUAGUACGUAGCAUUACCUCUUUAUUAACCGACUUCAAAAAAAGGAGGA